UUUAAAUAACAAAAGUAGGGGAGAGAGGUACUCACGCCUUCCAUUUCUACAGUUAAAAUUGCUUCAUUUCAUAUCUGCUGCAUGAUGUACAUCUCUAUCACUUUUUGGCUGAGAAAGAGUAAAUGUGGGCAGAAGGACUUAAAAGAGGAAUGGAUUAGGAGCUCGAUAAUCGAGCAUUUGAGCAAAGCUGCAGAGAGAGUGAAAGGAGUGUUAGUGACUGUUGGUACGCUAUUCUAUGCAUCUUUUCUCCACCUCUCCUUCUUUGCCGGUUCCUUGUCUCCUCCAUUCCCCAAACACGCCAAAAACCAAUAUAUCAAUUUCCUCUCUCUCUCUCUCUCUCAUUUAUAUAUAAAUAUAUACACCUAUGCCCUACCUACUUGAUUGAUACUCUCACUUCAUAAACAUGAAUGAUUAAUGAUUUGAGAAGCAUGUAGUGAAAGUGAUCCUAGAAAGUGUGUAUAGCAGCUUACUCAUGCACAAUUAAGAGAAGAAGUCACAUUGCUUUAUUUAUAUCCUUUCUGGUCCGCAUUAAUCUUUCACCUCCAAAAGACCAGAAUCCUUCUCUAGCUAUCUCUUUUUCAUGUAGCAGUAAUUAACAAUCAUCAUCAUCAUGCAGUCUCCAUCCAUCACCUACAAUACUAUAUCCCCUAGAGAAAGUGCCUGCUAUGAAGCUGAUGAUGUACAAGAUGAAGAUUCCAUAAUCUUAACUCUUGGUCCUCCUGGACAAGCCCGACGCAUUUCCAAAUACCCUUUAUCGUCAUAUCCUCCCUCAAGCAAGUCCCCCAACUAUCCAAACCCUACCAGUACUGAAAGUGGUGUAACAGUUGCCCUCCACAUUGGUCCACCAACAAUUGAAACCAGCUCUAGCAACUCCAAUGACAUCGGUAAUAGUCUUGUUGAAGGACAGUACUGGAUUCCUACACCCGCGCAGAUCCUUGUUGGUCCUACUCAGUUCCCUUGCACGGUCUGCAACAGAACCUUCAAUAGAUACAACAACAUGCAGAUGCAUAUGUGGGGGCAUGGGUCGCAGUAUCGAAAAGGCCCAGAAUCCUUAAGAGGGACGAAACCAGCUUCGUCUGUGCUGAGACUUCCUUGUUACUGCUGUGCUGAGGGAUGCAAGAACAAUAUAGAGCACCCCAGGUCUAGGCCAUUGAAGGAUUUCAGAACUUUGCAGACACAUUACAAGAGAAAGCAUGGAGCAAAGCCGUUUGGGUGCCGAAAAUGCAGUAAGCCUUUUGCAGUUAGAGGGGAUUGGAGGACUCACGAGAAGAACUGCGGGAAGCUCUGGUUUUGCAUUUGUGGUUCUGAUUUCAAGCACAAAAGGUCCCUCAAAGACCAUGUUCGAGCCUUUGGAGAUGGCCACGCUCCACAUACUGUGGAAUACUGUGAGGUUGAAGAAGAAGAUGAUGAUGAUGAUGAUGAUGAUGAUGAAAAUGAAAAUGAAAAUGAUGAAGACAAUGAAGAUGGGAGUCAUGGUUCUCUUUUCUUCUAA